UUUAGGAAAAUAAUUAAAAAAAAAGACCGAGAAGAGGUAGAGGUAUAGGUGGUCAAGUCUUGCCUAUAAAAGCUGAUCCCAACAAGAAUAAUUCUUUCAUUCACCAAAAAAAACUCAUCAAUCAAACAAAACUCUUAAAAGCUUAAGAACAAAUAAUAAAAAUGGCCGGUGAAGGAGAAGUGAUUGCUUGCCAUACCCUCGAAGUUUGGAACGAGAAGGUCAAAGACGCCAAUGAAUCCAAGAAACUGAUUGUGAUAGACUUCACAGCAUCAUGGUGUCCACCUUGCCGUUUCAUUGCACCAGUGUUUGCAGAGAUGGCUAAGAAGUUCACUAAUGUUGUCUUCUUCAAGAUCGAUGUUGAUGAAUUGCAAGCUGUUGCUCAGGAAUUCAAAGUUGAGGCAAUGCCUACUUUUGUUUUCAUGAAAGAAGGCAACAUCAUUGAUCGUGUUGUCGGUGCUGCGAAAGAUGAGAUCAAUGAGAAGCUGAUGAAGCAUGGUGGUCUUGUAGCUUCUGCUUGAUUGAUUUCAGUUUCUAACUCUUUGCAUCAUAAUAAAGUUUUUAUCUUUCGUAUGAAAUAAAAGUGAUGCAUUGCUACUGCACAUUUGUAUUAUAACUAUGUUGAUUUUUCGAUUACUGGUUUGUUAUCUCUUGGCUUCAACCACGAACACGAAAAUAGCGACACACAUUAAGACUGGUUUUAAACACGAUAAGAGAGCGUAGGUUGAAAAUAUGUAGUUAUGAACAGAGCAGUGAUUAGUUCUCUGAUUUCCACUAUAAAUGUGUGAAAAUGUUAUGUAAUACUAUGGAAAAAUCACUUUCAACAGCUCAUAUUUCUCCAUC